UAUACAAGGGGGCGGUUCCGCGCGCGCCCGCCUGGUUGGAGCCGGACCGCAGGGCUGAGGGCUGCUCUGCGCUGCGACGCCCGCGGGAAGAAGAUGAACGGGACGCGGAACUGGUGUACCCUGGUGGACGUGCACCCGGAGGGGCAGACCGCGGGCAGCAUGGACAUUGUCAGACUGACCCUCCAGAGUGAACUGACAGGAGAUGAACUUGAACACAUAGCCCAGAAGGCGGGCAGAAAGACCUAUGCCAUGGUGUCUGGCUGCUCAACCGGCCAUUCUCUGGCCUCAGAACUGGUGGAGUCCAACGACGGACACGAGGAGAUCAUUAAGGUGUACUUGAAGGGGAGGUCUGGAGAUAAGAUGAUCCAUGAGAAGAAUAUUAACCAGCUGAAGAGUGAGGUCCAGUACAUCCAGGAGGCCAGGAGCUGCCUGCAGAAGCUCCGGGAGGAUAUAAGUAGCAAGCUCGAAAGGGAUCCAGGAGAGGGUCGCCAUAGACAGGAGAUACAGGUGGUGCUAGAAAAGCCAAAUGGCUUCAGUGAAAGUCCCAGCACCCUGUACAGCAGCCUCCCUGAGGUGGACACCUGUGUAAAUGAAGAUGCUGAGAGCUUGAGGAAGACCGUGAGGGACUUGCUAGCCAAGCUGCGGGAGGCUGAUUGGCAGCACCAGUCAGACCGUGUGGCUUUUGAGGUCACACUCAGCCAGUAUCAGAGAGAGGCAGAGCAGAGUCAUGUGGCCCUGCAGAGAGCAGAGGACCGAGCGGAGCAGAAGGAGAUGGAAGUGGGAGAGCUGCAGAGGCGCCUGUCGGGCAUGGAGAUGGAGCAUCAGGCCUUGCUGGCGAAGGUUAGGGAAGGGGAGGCGGCCCUUGAGGAACUUCGGAGCAAGAAUGCUGACUGCCGAGCAGAACAAGAAAAGGCUGCUUCCCUGGAAAAGGAGGUGGCUGGGCUGCGGGAGAAGAUUCAUCACCUGGAUGACAUGCUGAAGAGCCAGCAGCGGAAAGUCCGGCAGAUGAUAGAGCAGCUCCAGAAUUCAAAAGCUGUGAUCCAGACAAAAGACACCACCAUCCAGGAGCUCAAGGAGAAAAUUGCUUUCCUGGAAGCAGAGAAUUUAGAGAUGCACGACCGGAUGGAACACCUGAUAGAGAAACAAAUCAGCCAUAGCAACUUCAGCACCCAGACCUGGGCCAAGACAGAGAACCUGGGCAGCGUCAGGAUAGCCAAGCCCCCCAGCCCUAAGCCCAUGCCUCUCAUCCGAGUGGUGGAAACAUGAGGGGACGGAGACUGACGCCGCUGUCACUGCCGCCUCUCGCCUGUGGAGAAGCCCAUCGCCCCGUAGGCCGUUAGCACUGACUCUGACUUCUGACUGUUCCCUGGCUGCGCGGGGCUUGGGGUCGUUGGCGCCCCGCCGUCUCCGGCACUCCGGGCCUCUGAGUGCUGGGUGGAUGGAGGAUGAGCGCCCCCUCUGGACACUGCCGGGCGGUGUCCUCGUCUCCAUAGUUACUAUUUUUCUCUUAGCAGAGCUUCCCUUCUGUUGUAGACUGGAGUUCAGCUGCCCCCUCAGUC